AAGGGGAAUGUGAAGGACUGUUUAGCGCAAGACGAGAUCACGAGAGACCAGAAGAGAGAGCCGUGUCUGUCUUAUGCGUUGAUUCCUGAUGCGCAUAGCCGGCACAGUCAGUGCGUAAGGACGAAGAAGCGGAAGUAGGAGAAGGAGUCGCCAUAGCCUGCACAGUCCGUGAGCGAAGGCGAAGAAGACAAGGAGAAGGAGAAGGAGAAGAAGGAAUCGCCAUAGCCAGCACCGUCACUGAGUGAAGACGAAGAAGACGAGAAGAAGGAGAAAGAGAAGAAGGAUUCGCCAUAGCCGCACAGUCGGUGAGUGAAGACGAAGAGGACGACGGAGAAGGAGGAGGAUUCGCCAUAGCCGGCACACAGUCAGUGAGUGAAGACGAAAGGAGAGGAGAAAGAGGAGAAGAAGAAGAAGAAGGAAACGAAUAAGAGGACAAGGAGGACGACGACGAGGAGGACGACGACGAGGAGGAGGAGAAGAAGAAGAAGGGAACGAGGGGGGGGGGGGGGGGGAGGAUAUGACCGAGGUGUGCGGCACUCGCCGGUGUUCCCGAGGUUUUCGUUGACGUCAGCUGUUCCGCUUACAGGUGUGCGGCGUUCGCCAGUGUUCCCGAGGUUUUCGUUGACGUCAGCUGGUCGAAAACUCUGCGUACGGUCAUAUUCGUUUGGCACUUUUUUGUGGAGCUGAUCACUGUCUGAUCUGAUCUGAUCUGAUCUGAUCUGAUCUGAUCUUAUUUAGUUUGGGUUUGCCAUCUGAACGUGGUAGUGGUGGUGGUGCAAGUGUGAUUGGUAUUCCGAUCUCGAAUUUAGUGCAGGCAAGAUGUGCUACACCGUUCCUUGCAACUCGUGCGGCCGCACUACCUGGGGCGGAUGCGGACAGCACGUGAAGAGUGUGUACGAUCGCCUUACCGAGGCGCAGCGCUGCAACUGUAAGCCGUGGCCGGGCUGCGCUCCCCAGGGCUCCAGCAAAGAUUGGGUAAGUGGGUAUGUGGAAACGCUAGGGACUUGUCUUUUUCCCCAUACGAGCACGUCGGGUGUCGCUCCGGUACACGCCGCAGUGAAUGCAUUUUGACGCUUUAUUGAGAAAAUGCAUUCGGACGAUUCCAAGAACGUGAUUGUGUAACAAAGAAGUGAGCGCCGU